GUGUGAGGAGGAGCAGCAGCCCGCAGCCGCGGAGGAGCCGCAGAAGCUGCGAGAGCGGGAACCGAAACCACACCCACGUCGCCGCUCCUGUCCUCUGUCGCCCUCUCGGCGUCCCACCCGAGGCCGCGUUCCGGAGGACAGCGGCCGCUCACUCCCCGAGCAUCCUCCCCGCCGAGCGGGUGCUGACAGAGCAGGCGGCAUGAUGCGCCUGCGGGGCUCGGCGGUGCUGCGCGACCUGCUCCUGCGGCCUCCCGCCGCCUCCUGCGCGGCUCUGAGGCGGGCGCAGCCCCUCGCCACACAGUGCCGGCGUCCCCGAGGCGGGGAACAGGGGACCGCCGGCCCAGCGGCCGCCGCGCGUCUCCACCCGUGGUGGGGCGGGGGCGGCCGGCCGGCGGGGCCCCUCGCGCGGGGACUGUCUAGCUCCCCUUCGGAGAUCCUGCAGGAGCUGGGCAAGGGGGGCCCGCAGCCGCCGCAGCAGCAGCAGCAGCCCGGGGCGGCCCCGCCCGCGGCCCCGUCGGCUCCCGGCCCCAAGGACGGCCCCGGGGAGACGGACGCGUUCGGCAACAGUGAGGGCAAGGAGCUGGUGGCCUCGGGCGAAAAUAAAAUAAAACAGGGUCUGUUACCUAGCUUGGAAGAUUUGCUGUUCUAUACAAUUGCAGAAGGACAAGAGAAAAUACCUGUUCAUAAAUUUAUUACAGCACUCAAAUCUACAGGAUUGCGAACGUCUGAUCCCAGGUUGAAAGAGUGUAUGGAUAUGUUAAGAUUAACUCUUCAAACAACAUCAGAUGGUGUCAUGCUAGACAAAGAUCUUUUUAAAAAAUGUGUUCAGAGCAACAUCGUUUUGUUGACACAAGCCUUUAGAAGAAAGUUUGUCAUUCCUGACUUUAUGUCUUUUACCUCUCACAUUGAUGAGUUAUUUGAAAGUGCUAAAAAGCAGUCUGGAGGAAAGGUUGCAGAUUAUAUUCCUCAGCUAGCCAAGUUCAGUCCUGAUUUGUGGGGUGUGUCUGUGUGUACAGUAGAUGGACAGAGGCAUUCUAUUGGAGAUACCAAAGUUCCGUUUUGUCUUCAGUCAUGUGUAAAACCUUUGAAAUAUGCCAUUGCUGUUAAUGAUCUUGGAACAGAAUAUGUUCAUCGAUAUGUUGGGAAAGAGCCAAGUGGAUUAAGAUUCAACAAACUGUUUUUAAAUGAAGAUGAUAAGCCACACAAUCCUAUGGUAAAUGCUGGUGCAAUUGUUGUGACUUCAUUAAUAAAGCAAGGAGUGAAUAAUGCUGAAAAAUUUGACUAUGUGAUGCAGUUUUUGAAUAAGAUGGCUGGCAAUGAAUAUGUUGGAUUCAGUAAUGCAACGUUUCAGUCUGAAAGAGAAAGUGGAGAUCGAAACUUUGCAAUAGGAUAUUACUUAAAAGAAAAAAAGUGUUUCCCAGAAGGCACAGACAUGGUUGGUAUAUUAGACUUCUAUUUCCAGUUAUGCUCCAUUGAAGUAACUUGUGAAUCAGCCAGUGUGAUGGCUGCAACGCUGGCUAACGGAGGUUUCUGUCCAAUUACUGGGGAGAGAGUACUGAGCCCUGAAGCAGUUCGGAACACACUGAGUUUGAUGCACUCCUGUGGCAUGUAUGAUUUCUCAGGGCAGUUUGCUUUCCAUGUUGGUCUUCCUGCAAAAUCCGGAGUUGCUGGGGGCAUUCUUUUAGUUGUGCCCAAUGUCAUGGGCAUGAUGUGCUGGUCUCCUCCUCUGGACAAGAUGGGCAACAGUGUUAAGGGAAUUCAUUUCUGUCAUGAUCUUGUUUCUCUCUGUAAUUUCCAUAACUAUGAUAAUCUGAGACACUUUGCAAAAAAACUUGAUCCUCGAAGAGAAGGCGGUGAUCAAAGGGUGAAGUCCGUGAUAAACCUCCUGUUUGCCGCCUACACUGGAGAUGUGUCUGCGCUCCGGAGAUUUGCUCUGUCAGCCAUGGACAUGGAGCAGCGAGACUAUGACUCCAGAACAGCCCUCCAUGUAGCCGCCGCCGAGGGUCAUGUUGAAGUUGUUAAAUUUUUGCUGGAAGCGUGCAAAGUCAACCCUUUCCCCAAGGACAGGUGGAAUAACACACCCAUGGAUGAAGCGCUGCACUUCGGACACCACGAUGUAUUUAAAAUCCUCCAGGAGUACCAGGUCCAGUACACGCCUCAAGGAGAGUCCGACAACGGAAAAGAAAACCAAACGGUCCAUAAGAAUCUUGAUGGAUUGUUGUAACGGUCUUAAGCCCCAAAUAGAAAUCACUUACCUAUUUAAUUGUGGAAAAUGAUUAUGAAGAACAUGUGUAUUUCUAUCUGGUAGUGAUGUAUAUUUUACGACAUUUGUCAUUUCAGUGUUACUGGAGUUUUCUUCAUUGUACACACAGGACAAAUCUGAUCUCUUUGGGAAAAAAUAGAAAUAAAACAAUCUCCCUCCAUAAUGUGAGCAAUAUUUACCUCGUGCAUUGUAUAAUUUGAUGUAAAAGAAGUAGUUACCGAUGCUAGCUUAACUGUGUGGUCUUCAUGAUUUUUGUGUGUUCUGUGAAUUUUCAAUUUGUAUGAUGAACUUAGGCAUUUAUAAAUUAAGUUCUGUUGUACAGUCUGUCCGGAUGGGUCAAGGCUGCCUUUAGGAGCAAAAAGAGUGUGAUUUUUCAGGACUUCAAAUGUAGAUUUAGUUUGAGUGUCUGAACAACUAUAUGCACUUAGGGUUAUGUGUUUUAAGUGUCUCCCAACACCCUAGCUUCCUGGCGUGACUCUUUAAAAAUUAAAAUAGUUAACGUGUUGUAGCACAGACCAAUUCUGAUUAGACUUUAUCAGGGAAUCUGUUUAAGAUAUGUUUGGUGACCAAAAUAUUUAUGCGAAUGUAGUUAUAUAAUACUUUUGGAAAAAAUUUCCUUUUUCUAUAUCCCCCUUCGUCUAGCCUCUCUUCCCAGAUGUUUAGCGAUUUGCCUCUUUGCUUUAGCUGGGAAUGUGGGUGCUGGCACUCUAUGCAGUUUUCAUGUUUUCCACCGUAAGUCAGAAAAGGUCUCACAUUAUCUGGCAUCUGAGCUACAAUUAUGCCAUUUGUCUACAGGUGAUGAACCAGAGACAAAUUACUAAGCUAAGUACAAAUUAGUCAAAUUCAUCAACCUAAAAAAGGAAGGGAUGAGCUACCACAGCUCUUUAAGAUACGUUUCAGUUUCCAGGAUAAAGAUGAGGAUAAAUUCAGAUCAACUCUCUAAGCUACCGAAGUUGUUAUGAUGGUAUGGGAACUGUUACAGUUAUCCUUUAUUUUUAAACCCAUAAUUAAAGGCAUCAAGAUAUUUGUUCUUUUGGGGGGACCCCCCAGAUCACUCCAGUUUUCUCCUGAUUCUCUGCUGUAUAAUUACUGUAUAAUUGGUGGCCGACUCUAGUAAGAAAAGGCCUCAUUUUAAAUGGAGACCCACUGUUGUCUUGGGGAGGCACGUACCUGUGCUUUAUCCUAUACCUCGGAGGUAAAGGGGUCUGCUAAUGGGGAUUUCUGAUAUAAAGCACACACACAGGCACAUACACAUACAAGUGGACCUUUUCAAAGCCCUAUUUAGUGAAAUGAACAAAAUCCUCCACUCCCCGAUGCUGUUGUAGCAAAUCCAGCGAGUUCCUUUUCCCCGUUCUAUCAGCACACCCUGCUGCUCCCAGCCUUUAUCAUGCCGAAGGGCCCUUUCCCCUCUAACACCCUCCAAAUGCUUCCAUUUUUGCUUCCAGUCAAAGUGAGAGGCUUCGGGCACUGCCCUUCUGUUACCUAGACAGCAGGAGCUCCCGGAGGAGCCGCGGACGGUCCCUCCCCCGAGCUGCAGCAGGCACGAAGCCGCGCGCCUGGCUGCUCCUGCAGGAAUGCGGAGGCGGAGGCGGGGGCGGGCAUCCAGCCCGGCCACUGUGUCCCCCCCCAUCUGCCACGCCGUGCAGACAGGGAGUGCUGGCGGACUGCUGCGGAGGGACGGCAUCGUCCCCACAGAUGUUAACGGGGUGGGAUGUUCUUUACUGAAAUGACUGCUAAGCAGCCGCCUGCUUUGUGGGAUGAAAAUGAAACACGACGACGAUUCCGCUGUGUGGCUUAAAGGUUACCAACAAUUUUGAGGCUUUAAUGAAAAGAGGUUCUAGCUAUUGUUUGGGAACAGAGUUUUCAUCAUUUUUCAGGUCAAAAGUACCUUGUAAAAUCUUUGUGGUUUAGCCCAAUGUGCCCUUAUUUACCCGCGCAGUUGUGUGGCUCCAGGGGCCGCGCUCUGGCUGCUGGUGACAAGCACACUUGGCGUCAGUGCUCUGGACUGUGCUCGAAACUGCUGUGGUCAGUAUGCUCCGAAGAUCCUUUUGUUUGGGCUUUAGGAUCGUCAGUGCUUUUUCUGUACCACGAGAGCCCUCUAGGGUCCUGUUUAUUUAAAGCUCCGUCUACACUGUUGUUUUUGGUGGUCUCAAUUCUAAUGAUCUCAUUUUGGGGUGUAACGUGCCGGAUCCCACUACCGGCCCACACUGCCCGUUAGCUGCAGAGCUGAUUCGCAGUCCACUGUUUGAUGCUGUUGUCUGUCUGGGGGGUUGAAUGACCGGAUGCUGGAUUUAGAUUCUUCCUGGGGACUGUACAGCUAUGAAUGUAUUCGCUUCCAGAACUUCCCAAAGUGAAUCUAAUCUUAAAACUAUAAGUUGUAAGUAUUCUGAAAUUGGGAAAUAUUUAUUUUAAAUGAAAUCAGGUAGUGUUGCUUUUUACAGCAUAAUAAAUACAUGUAUCAAAAAAAUACCUGUAAAAAUUAAUUUUUUAAAACCACUAAGGUUCUCUUACAUCACUGGGUUAGGAACUCUGCUGAGUAUACAGACUGUAUCUAUUUGCUUCAAAUCAAUUUCUAAUGCCUACUGUGAGCCAGGAACUACGCAAGGUGGCAGCGGGAGUUCUCACAAUGAUUAAGACAACCCUGUAAGGAGUUCAUCCUUGAGGGUGGGAGGAGGGACAGGCACGUUUCCAGCACUCUAGAAGCUAACGCGAUCGUUCUGCAGUUAGGACGCACUCUUAAGUAUCUGUAGAAUUCAGUCAUUAGACAUGUCCUUCACUAGGAGGGCUUCUGACCUCUGCUAGUGAGGGGAGAGGUGGUUUUCACAGAGCCUUGUCCUCUGUCUAGGGAGCUGUAUCCAGUGCAGCCACACUAGGGUCUGAGCAGGACAAGCCGGCAAACGGCAGUACCUUCCUGGUUCUUGGGUCUAUGGGAUGGCAUUCGCUCCCAAGGCCAGAAACCCUGUCUGCUGGGUUAGGGGUAGUGUGUGGUUUACCGUAGAGACAGUAUGAGAAUACACGGCUGCCAUUUUCAACUACCAGAGCUGUCACAAAGUGCUCUGCAGUCGUCAGGUGUGAACCAUCUGCGUCACCGACAUUUUAGGACGGAAAGAGACAUCAGACAUCUCUCAUCUAAUCCCACUCUCACAGAUGAAGCUGAGACCCAGGAGGGGGCUGUGAUACAGAACUCCGAGUCUCCUCUUCUUUCUCUACAUCCUACCACACUGUCCCCGCUAUGGACAGAAAACUCGGACUUUUCAGACAGAAAACUAUGGACUUUGGACAAGCGUUAAGUGCUACAGCGCUCAGCCUUGCCGCGUGUGGCCGCCAGGAGCCACGCGUGCGCACACCCGCGCACAGAGGCGGCGCAGCAGCGCAGGGGAAACAGACGAGUAACACCAAAUAGAGAAAAGUUAAAUCAUGCUUAUCCUUGAUACAACAGGAGCGUAUUACUUUUCUGGGGCUGUUUUUAAGGACUGGGUAAUCUUUCUAAUUUUACUUCCUACCUUUCAUAGUAAAAUGAGUAAAUUCGUGACUCAUAGGCCAGACAGCACAGGGAAGCAGCUGGCGAAUGUGUUAGGUCAGACUUUAAAAGGGGGCUUUUGGGGGAAGGGGUACUUUAUAGUUACAUAAAGAAAGGAUGUGAUUACUAGAAGAUCAGGGAAGGUAUGUGUGUUUUGGGACAGGAAGGAUAGAAAAUUAAGUCAGUUAUUGCAAAGGGGCAAAGACUGGGCAUUUUAUUUCUAUUCUGGAGCCUGGACCCAACUCCAGGCCUCCACGCGCUCCAGCCUUGCCCCUGGCUGCCUCUCCAUGUCUUUUUGUUUGUUUUGUUUUUAAAGAUUUA